CAAAACCCCCACCACCCGCGGCCUCACCCCACACACAUGGCCGGCCUCAGGGACGUUAUGAGCGGGGUGCAGGAGAAGCUGGUGGCGGUGCUGAACGUGGCCUUGCGGGUGCCCAGCAUCAUGGUGUUGGAGAUGUUGUACCGAUGGGACGUGAGCUCGUUCUUCCAACAGAUCCAGGCCCGGAAUAACAACAACCUGCUCUUCCAGUACAAGUACUUGGCUCUCAACAUCCACUAUGUCGGUUAUAUAAUAAGCCUUGUUCUUCUAACAUUACCUCGGCAGCACCUGGUCCAACUAUACUUGUAUGUUUUGACCGCUCUACUUCUGUUUGCUGGGCACCAAAUAUCCAGGGAUUUUGUAAGGAGUGAAAUUGACUUUGGUCACGAUGGACCUGUGUACGAAGAUCCUUUGUCUCUCAACCGCUUCACGACUGCUUUAAUAGGACAGUUGGUGGUGUGUACUCUUUGCUCCUUUGUCAUGAAGACAAAGCAGAUCUGGUUGUUCUCUGUCCAUCUGCUGCCUCUGCUGGCACGAUUCUGCAUGGUACCUGUAGAAAUGCUCGUCGUCAUCAACAGGUUUGCCAUGAUUUUCACUGGGCUAGAGGUGCUUUACUUCCUCGCCUCCAACCUGCUGGUGCCAUAUAAACUAGCCAAGUCAGCAUACAGAGAGCUGGUACAGGUGGUAGAGGUGUAUGGGCUGCUGGCACUGGGAAUGUCUCUCUGGAAUCAGUUGGUUGUGCCUGUGCUCUUCAUGGUCUUCUGGCUUGUCCUGUUUGCCCUGCAGAUCUACUCUUAUUUCAGCACUCGCGAUCACCCCACUUCUCGUGAGAGAUUGCUCUUCCUCUUCCUUACAAGUAUUGCAGAAUGUUGCAGUACUCCUUAUUCUCUGCUGGGGCUCAUGUUCACAGUCUCCUUCAUUACGCUGGGUGUCCUCACGCUUUGCAAGUUCUACCUUCAAGGUUAUGGAGCUUUCAUGAAUGACAACCUAAUGCACAGAGGAAUGACAGAAGGUAUAACACUGCUUAUCCUGGCAGUCCAGACUGGCCUGAUUGAGUUGCAGGUUGUGCAUCGAGCGUUCCUACUCAGUAUCAUCCUCUUCAUCGUGGUAGCUUCCAUCCUUCAGUCAAUGUUAGAAAUUGCUGAUCCCAUCGUUCUUGCACUUGGAGCUUCAAGAAACAAGAGCCUGUGGAAGCACUUUCGGGCAGUUAGCCUGUGUUUGUUUUUGCUGGUGUUCCCAGCCUACAUGGCCUACAUGAUUUCUCAGUUUUUCCAGAUGGACUUUUGGCUGCUUAUCAUUAUUUCCAGCAGCAUUCUAACCUCUUUGCAGGUGCUGGGAACACUCUUCAUCUAUAUCCUCUUCAUGGUCGAGGAAUUCAGUAAGGAGCCAAUGGAGAACCUUGAUGAUGUGAUUUACUAUGUGAAUGGUACCUAUCGCUUGCUGGAGUUCCUGGUGGCUCUGUGUGUGGUUGCAUAUGGUGUAGCAGAGACAAUAUUGGGAGAAUGGACAUGGAUGGGUUCUUCCAUCAUCUUUGUCCACUCUUACUUCAAUGUCUGGCUUCGAGCGCAGUUGGGAUGGAAGAGCUUUCUUCUCCGCAGGGAUGCAGCAAACAAGAUCAACUCGCUGCCAACUGCCACGAAAGAACAGCUUGAAGAGCACAAUGACAUUUGUUCCAUCUGUUACCAGGACAUGCACUCUGCUGUGAUUACACCGUGCAGCCAUUUCUUUCAUUCGGCCUGUCUCAAGAAGUGGCUGUAUGUGCAAGAAACAUGCCCGUUGUGCCAUCAGCGCCUGAAAUCUGCAGGACAGCAGCCUGGUGCAAUAGCAACACCAGCUCAGGAGAUAGAUGAGCAAUUAGUCCAGAAUGAGAGGAGACCGGAGCAAGAAUUAGCUGGACAGGAACUUGUCCAUCUUGAAGACUCUCUGGAUCCAGGUCCUGAAGAUGGCCCUAAAUUGCACAACAAAGAGGGUCCGGAAUCUGGAAACACUAGUGCUUCUAACGGAGACCGAGAAACAGACAGAGAUCCGCGUAUACAUAACAGCACCUUUACUGGUACAGACGAGAAUCCAUAUCUAAGAGACCUUUGCCCAGAUAAAGAUCGAUUGCCUGUUGUGAGAACAGCUGUUAAUGAACAAUGCAUGGAGUUGCCACAAGCCCAUAGUGGGGAAUUGCAUGAAGCAGAGUCAUCCCACAAGCUGCCAUGAUACCGCAGUGGUGUGUAAAGAGAAGCCUAGACAAUGCAGGCAAUGGCUUGAUAGAUGAAAUGAUGGCUUUAAGUAACGAGGAGAAGUGAAAAAUGUUUGCAGAGAAAGAGUGCAGUGUUCUCACAAGCGGGUCUGGAGACGUCUGUAAGAAAAGGGAUCUCAUGAUCUCACUGCCACAUUAUCAUUAUAGUAUUACAUAGCCAUGGCAAGAGGAGGGUGUUUUUGCUAGAGAUUUUGUAGGCAUGAAAAUAACUAUUAGGUGAUUGAACGUAUUAUAUUUAUAUAACUAGAAGCUUUUAAGCAUGUUUAGAGUCACAUGCUGCAAAGCAGACUUUUUUUAUUUUUUGUAGCUCAGUAUUGUCACUACGAUUGCACUGUCAUAGUUUAUAGUGCAUCUCCAAAAUAAUCAACAAGUACCUAACUGGCCUGUAAUUAUUGCUCAAUGAAGUAGACUGAAGCUUUUAUGAACACUUGUUUCCCUUGAGAUUUGAAAGGGUCACUUGUGGGAUGAACUUCAGGAUAUGGAUAAGAGCUGGAACACAUGAUGGUAUGGCAUGUUUCACUUCUGAAACUCAAGAACAGUAUUUUUUUUAAUUUUUGCAUUAAUUGCGAUUUGUGGAAAUGAUUACAGUAACAUGUAUGAUGGAACAAAGCAAAAAGCCAUUUUAUAGCUCCAAUUCGUUUUUGCACAAAUUUUCUUUGGGGAAAAAAAUAGUGAUGUGUAUAAGAUUUUUCUUAAUUCAUCAAGGCUUAAGUCAGCAAACUCAUGUUUAAAAUUACUUUUACUCUUGUGUAAUUAAACAGAAAGGGAAACUCCAAUUUUUAUUAACAAUGGAGUGCACCGGAAAAUUAGGAGACUGAUUCUGUAGCUUUUUAAAAAUUGCAAAUCUUAAUGUGAACAAUCUGUGAACAAGCAAGCUGGCGUUGAAUAAUAAACAUGAAUCAUUGAUAGAAUCUUCCUGGCAAAAUUCUUGUGGGGCAUUAUUUUCAAGAAGUAUACAUCUUAAUAAAUGCAUUGAGGCAAUGAAGUGCACUGUUCCAAAUAGAAUUUACAUAGAGUUGGGUCAUUGAUUGUGUUUUACAUCUAAAAUUAGCUGAUGGACACAGUGCAGUAAAUGUGUAUACGCAUGUACCAAGUGUAAUUUCAUCUGAACGUUGCUGGAAAAGUUUUGCUUUACAUGCACAAGAAGCAGUAAAAUCUCACUAUUAAAAAUCAACGUGGAGUCUUUACAUUUGCUUCUUUAUCUGCAUAAAAGGUACACUGAUGAAAGAACGGCUUUUAAAUUAAAAAUCUGAAUUAACUAUGUAAAUGUGGGACAGUGCUAUGUGGACAAUGGAGUAUUACCAUAAAUUUGAAAGUAUGCUGUAUCUCUGUUAAGCUUUGAAAUUUUCCGACAAGAGAAUAAAUAUAGUAUGUUUUUCUCUAAA